AUGGUCCUCCAGGAUCUUGGGCGGCGAAUCAAUGCCGCCGUCAAUGAUCUGACACGCUCUAGCAAUUUGGAUGAGAAGGCUUUUGAUGACAUGUUAAAAGAGAUCUGUGCCGCAUUGCUAUCUGCAGAUGUCAACGUUCGCCUCGUUCAGACCCUCCGGAAAUCCAUCAAAUCCAGCGUCAACUUCUCCUCGUUGCCACCCGCCGUCAACAAGAAGCGCUUGAUCCAAAAGGCCGUUUUUGAUGAAUUGGUAGCGCUGGUUGAUCCGCAUGCAGAGCCAUUCCGCCCGAAGAAAGGACGAUCCAAUGUGAUCAUGUUUGUGGGGUUGCAGGGUGCGGGAAAGACGACAACGUGUACUAAGCUGGCCCGACAUUAUCAGAUGCGCGGGUUCAAAACAGCGCUUGUCUGUGCGGAUACUUUCCGUGCGGGUGCUUUUGAUCAGUUGAAGCAGAAUGCCACCAAGGCCAAGAUUCCGUAUUAUGGUAGUUUGACGCAGACGGACCCCGCGGUGGUGGCAGCUGAGKGUGUUACCAAAUUCAAGAAGGAACGGUUCGAGGUUAUCAUCGUGGAUACCAGUGGUCGGCACAAGCAGGAAGAGGAUCUUUUCACCGAAAUGACACAGAUCCAGAACGCCGUUACUCCAGACCAGACAAUACUUGUCCUCGAUAGUACCAUCGGUCAGGCGGCCGAGGCUCAGUCAGCAGCCUUUAAGGCUACUGCUGACUUUGGUGCAAUCAUUAUCACGAAGACGGACGGCCAUGCCGCCGGUGGUGGUGCCAUUUCAGCUGUUGCUGCGACCCACACGCCGAUCAUCUUCCUGGGUACAGGAGAGCACUUGAUGGAUCUGGAACGCUUCGAGCCGAAGGCUUUCGUUCAGAAGCUCCUUGGGAUGGGCGAUAUGGCCGGUCUCGUAGAGCAUGUGCAGGCGGUAACCAAGGACUCGGCUGCCGCCAAGGAAACGUACAAGCAUAUCGCGGAGGGUAUCUACACGCUGCGAGAUUUCCGUGAGAAUAUCACCUCGAUUAUGAAGAUGGGUCCCCUUUCGAAACUCUCCGGCAUGAUUCCCGGACUGUCCAACCUGACCGCUGGCUUGGACGACGAAGACGGGUCGCUCAAACUUCGCCGCAUGGUUUACAUCUUCGACAGCAUGACCGCCGCUGAGCUGGACAGUGACGGCAAGUUAUUUGUAGAGCAACCGAGCCGUAUGGUCCGCAUCGCUUGUGGCAGUGGAACGACUGUCCGCGAAGUUGAGGAUCUCCUGUCUCAGCACCGCAUGAUGGCUGGCAUGGCCAAGCGAGUGGGCGGGCAAAAGAAACAAAUGCAGCGUGCGCAAAAUAUGCUCAAGGGCGGCAACAAGGAGCAGCAGCUGGCGGCCAUGCAGAAGCGGAUGGCGGCCAUGGGUGGUGCUGGUGCGGGCGGUCUUCCGGGAAUGGGUGACAUGGCAAAGAUGAUGCAAAUGCUGCAGGGUCAAGGCGGCGGUGGUAUGCCAGGGCUCGGGGGAAUGGACUUGCAGAGCAUGAUGAGCCAAAUGAGUGGUUUGAUGGGUGGAGGAGGAGGACGAGGACGGGGACGGUGA